AUGAGAGGCCGGACUCUGCUGAAGCUGUGGACCUCAGGAAGGACCAGACUUCACGAAGGCCUUGGUGUGUGUGGAAAGGCUUUUUACUCUUCCACUUGUCCAAAAGUGUGUGUUGUUGGAGGUGGUCCGGCUGGUUUCUACACGGCACAGCAUCUUAUCAAGGCUCGUCAAGCUGUUGAAGUGGACAUUUUCGAGCGGCUGCCUGUCCCGUUUGGACUGGUCCGGUUUGGAGUGGCCCCCGAUCAUCCUGAAGUCAAGAACGUCAUCAAUACUUUCACGCAAACAGCUAAACACUCACGCUGCAGCUUCUACGGCAACGUGAGCGUUGGUAAGGAUGUAAGUGUCAGCGAGCUGCAACAAGCCUACCACGCCGUAGUCCUGAGUUAUGGGGCAGAGGGAAACCGGCGUAUGGGGGUUCCAGGAGAGGACUUGGCUGGUGUGUACUCAGCCAAAGACUUCGUGGGCUGGUACAACGGGGUGCCCAACUGUCAGAAGCUCAGUCCAGACCUGAGCUGUGACACAGCUGUCGUUCUGGGGCAAGGCAACGUGGCUUUAGAUGUCGCCAGAAUCCUGCUGUGCCCCGUCGAUGCUUUAAAGAAAACCGACAUCACGCAGCCGGCUCUGGACGCCCUGGCUCAGAGUCCCAUCCGCAGGGUGCUGAUUGUUGGGAGAAGGGGCCCCAUGCAGGUUGCGUGCACGAUCAAGGAGCUCAGAGAGAUGGUGAACCUUCCAGGCACCAGACCUGAGAUGGAGGCAGAAGACUUUAAAGGUGUCGCAGAAGCUCUUAAAGAUUUACCGAGGCCCAGGAAGCGUCAGACAGAGUUGAUGCUGAAGACCGCUCUGGAGACGCCAGGAGAGAAAGAGCAGCAGAGGAGGGAAAACGCUUCCCGGAUCUGGGGUUUUCGAUUCUUCCGGAGCCCCGUGGAAAUCCUGGCUGAGCCUGGCUGCAGCAGAACGACUGGCAUCCGACUGGCAGUCAACAGGCUGGAGGGUUCUGGAGAAGGAGCCCAGGCUGUACUCACUGGUGAAGUGGAGGACAUUUCCUGUGGCCUGGUCAUCUGUAGCAUCGGCUACAAAAGCCUCCCCAUCGAUCCCACCGUGCCGUUUGACUCCCACAAAGCCAUCGUACCAAACAGGAAUGGCCGCAUUGGCCAAGGCUUGUACUGUAGUGGCUGGCUGAAAACAGGCCCCACAGGUGUGAUAGCUACAACAAUGAAUAAUAGCUUUGACACGGCACGAUCGCUGCUGGAGGACAUUGACUCAGGGACGUUGGAUGUGUCUGCUGCUAAGCCCGGUUCUCAAAGCAUCAACGCUCUGCUGGAAAAACGAGGAGUGACUCCAGUGACUUUUUCAAAGUGGGAGAAGAUUGACAGCUUGGAGAUGAGGAGAGGGGAGGCCUGUGGGAAACCCAGAGAAAAACUGCUGAGUGUGGAAGAAAUGCUGAAGGCGGCCCAAUCAUGACUGAAAAUACAAACUGUAUUGAGACUGGAAAACUACAACACUGCUUACAUACCAUCAGAGAGCAGGGAUUAAAAAGACGUUUGUUUUAUUUAUUCAGGUCUCUCUUGUAAAUGAGUCCUCGUGACUCAAUGAGACUA